AUGCCCCACUCGAACCAGGCUGAAAGCUUUCCAACCCAUCACCAAGGUGACGUAGAGUUCAAGUAUCCAUACGGACAGUCUGCAUUGCAAAGAGACAAAACCCCACUGGUUAGAAUGAUUCCCUGGGGCGAGCUGAUGAGGCAAGUGGCUGUCCCUAAUCGAGCCGUCCUUUCUGUGGCUGGGCCUGAGCCAAAUCUGUCCACAUUCCUCAACGGCUUGCUCUCCACCCAUGUUGUUUCGCCUCCAACUAGUGACCUUCGCAAAGGGUUCUACUCUUUAUUUCUAAGUCCGCAGGGCCGCAUCUUCUAUGACGUUUUCUUACAUCCCCACCCACACGAAUCAACAGGAUACCUCCUUGAGUAUGACCCUCGAAUACCGAAUGCCAUGUCUCUAGAGGGUGAAACCGCCUCUAGCUUCCCUACUCUCCCAAAACUCUUGAAGCGGUACAUUCUGCGAUCCAAGACCCGUGUCGCAGACGUGAGCGACCAGUACAGGGUAUACGCGCGCUGGAACGACGACUUUAUGGCGGGCACGGCUCUAGAGCCAGAAGAGUGGAGGUGGAGUAACAGCGGCAGCGUGGAGCCUGUAUGGCGGAAUCCCAUCAUUUACGAGCAACUCCAAGAGUUAGCGUCCAAGGGUAUCACAAGAAGCUGGGAUCUUCGUGCUCCAAGGAUGGGCCAAAGAUUACUUGUACCAAAAGACGUAUCGUUACGUCUCCCCGAAGCUUCCGAGGAUGAUUACACAUUACACCGAAUAAUUAAUGGCGUCCCGGAGGGUGCGGUCGACAUGGCCGGUGGCCUUCCAAUGGAGAGAAAUGCAGAUAUGAUGGGAGGAGGUCAGGUGUUAUGUGGUCAAGAGUUAACGGUCCGAACGUAUCAUACCGGUCUCAUCCGGAAACGCGUGGUCCCGGUGAGGCUCAAUCCCAAAGCCAGAGACGGACCGUCCAUCUCACCACCACCCUCGGGUCUUGGUAUCGUGCCAGCUUCUCCUGCGUCAUUAUCAUCUUCACCAUCUUCAAGACCACGUUCUCGUGGAAAAGGCACUCUUCUUUCCACGAUUCGUACGCCUUCAUCAGAACAGCAUUCGAUGGGACUGGCAUUGAUUCGGCUGGAGCAUCUAGAAGCAGUAGAGAAGGGCCAGACCACUUUGAAAACGCAGGAUUCAUCAAAUGAUGAUGUUGGUGUAUGGGCGGUCCUACCCCAAAGACCAGAUUGGUGGCCUGUACGCGAACAACAGUAG